AGACACGUACUCUCUCAGCUCUCGCAGAUACGUUCUCUCUCAACAGUCUCACGGGCUCUUCUCUUCACGAGAACCCUCCUCCAAAAACCCUAGUUCCUCCCACCAAAUCUCAAUCUCAUGGCUAAUAAAGAGUUCAAAGUCCAGCCGGUGGCUUUCCACUCUGCCGGAAACCCCGUCGCGCCGGCCCCAGCCGAACUCCAGCAUCCCCUUCAUGUCCUUCGACAUAGGCUCUGCCACCGCGUCCACCUCCUCUGGGCCAAUAUAUAGCGGCCCCGCCGUGGGCGAUGACAGUGCCGACUUCAACGACGAGGAGCCGCUCCUGGAUGAGCUUGGGAUCCACCUAGAGCAAAUUUGAAGCAAAAUCAAAUCUGUACUGAUUUUUGGACCGGCGGCGUCAGCUUGCGGUUGUCGUUGCUUGGAUGGAUUUGUUCCCAUAACUGAAGAUAUUUACAGUGGUUGUGUGAGCAGACCUUCACUGAGUUGUCAUGGAGAUGGGUUUGUGAAAUUUUCAGGAUUGAAAUUACUAGACACAAAGAUCCUGGUUUACUUUGGUUCAAUGAUCUGUUUGACAUAAGAGAAUUGAUUGAAGUUGAUGAAGAUAUAUACAUAAGGAUGGCUAGGACAAAAAUAAGAGAAAUGAUCUGUUCAGAUGGGUUGCUUUGAUUGCAGUAUAUUUUGUUUCAAAUUCUGAAGAAAUUUGCGGUCUUGUUACAUGCUUUCCGAACAGUCACAUGACCCUACAUACAUUGUAUUGGACAGAGGCGCCAUGGAAAACAAGAGCUUCAAUAUUUUUAAUUCAAAGCUUAUAUUGGCUUGUAGAAACAGCUACUGAUGCAGGUUAUGCUGCAAUAUUAGGAGUUAUUCGUCACGAGAUUAUGACGGGAGCUUAUUUCUUGUCUAUGAUGCAGUAUUUCCACAAAUGGACUGGCAACAGGUAUGAUGAAAUUGAGUCAAAGAUGGUUCCAUUUCUAAAGCAAUCUGGUUACAAUGUGAAGAAAGCUAAUCCAGUACCAGCAAUUACUGAGUUUGUUGCUCAGUUGGCGAUCUUUGAAUUGCUAGACAAUGCUAUUUUUAUUGCUGGCUACAAGGUUGUUCUGCACAUCCACUCUGUUAAGUGUUGUUGGUGACCACACGUUUCUGGUUGAUUUUUUUUUUUUUU